UAUACUGAACGACACGCCUGCAUCUAUCCCGGUCAAUUUUGCCAAAUCAUGAAUUAUUAUGCCUCCUGGGUAUUGUUCGACCCAAAAUCCGGCUCGCUUCUGACCCUGCUGAUGUUCGCCGCAACUCCUCCACACUAUCAGGAUACACCCUAGACAGAGAUCUUUCAGAAAACUUCCGUGACACCAAUGCAAACCCAUCAUCAAUCAAAUAUGUGUCAUGGGCGGUGACUUUAGCGAGGAUCUUGCAUCAAGGGCAAGCUUGACCCACGGAUGAUGCUGCGUAGCGGCUUGUGCAAGACCAAGUCGGUUGCAGUGGCCUACUCAAGUCCAUAUCCUCAGAGAAUAAGUAUACAGUCAUUCACUCCUGGUCACGCAUCUUGCUAUUGCUAGGUCCUUCAUCAAGAUGUGGUACACAGCUAUUCCGCUUGCCCUAUGGGUAGCGUGUACGUCAACUGUAGCAGCGCAGCAACCCGGAAAUGGCAACACCAUCAACAACACCAGCGGUGUGCUUUACAAGGACCCGACUGCAUCAGUCGAUGCCCGAAUCGCUGAUCUGCUCUCUCGGAUGACAAUUGAAGACAAGAUGGCUCAAUUGAUGCAAGGAGACAUCGGCAACUGGAUGAAUUCCUCAACAAAUGCGUUCAACUACUCCGGUCUUGUAGCAAACAUGGAGUACAAGCAGGGAAGCUUCUAUGUCGGCUAUGCGGUGCCGCAGCAAUGGAUCGCAGAAAACACCAAGAAAGCGCAAGACUACUUGAUCGCGAACACAACCUUGGGCAUACCGGCGCUUGUACAGUCUGAAGGCAUACACGGCUUCCUCAUCGGCAAUGCGACCGUCUUCAACAGUCCGAUUGCUUUUGCUUGCUCUUUCAAUCCUGAGCUUAUCCAAGAAAUGGCCGCGGUCAUUGCUCAGGAAUCUCUUGCCCUUGGGGUCAAUCAAUUAUUUGCUCCCGUGGUCGACCUAGCCCGCGAGCUCCGCUUCGGGCGUGUCGAAGAAACCUACGGCGAGGAUCCCUAUCUAGCCGGAGAGAUGGGAUACAACUUUGUCAAGGGGCUACAGUCGAACAAUGUCAGCGCCAUGGUGAAGCAUUUUGCUGGAUUCAGUGCUCCAGAGCAGGGUCUCAACACAGGGCCUGUUCAUGGCGGCGAGCGUGAACUUCGAACGACUUGGUUGCCGUCUUUCCACAGGACUAUCAUUGAUGGCGGGGCGUAUAGUAUCAUGUCUGCGUACCAUUCAUACGACGGUGUUCCAGCUGUGGCAGAUUAUCAUACAUUGACGGAAAUCUUGCGCGACGAGUGGGGCUACAAAUACUUUGUCAUGUCUGAUGCCGGUGGAACAGACAGAUUAUGCAACUCGUUCAAGAUGUGCGCAACGAAUCCGAUCGACUCUGAUGCUGUCACAACGUACGCUUUACCAGCUGGCAAUGACGUUGAGAUGGGGGGUGGGAGCUUCAAUUUCCGCUCUAUACCUUCUUUGGUCGAAUCUGGGAAGCUGGACAUCGGGACUGUUGACCUUGCUGUCUCUCGUCUGCUCAGGGUAAAGUUCGAGAUGGGCCUUUUCGAGAAUCCCUAUCUUGGUGUACCAAGCAGCCAGACUGCAUCAUUGAUACACACUCCCGAAGCCGUUGAACUUGCUCGCAAACUUGACGCGGAAUCCAUCGUUCUCCUCGAAAACAAAGAUAGCAUCCUCCCGCUAUCUAAAGAUGCAAACGUCGCAGUCAUCGGGCCUAUGUCUAAUUUCAUGAAUUACGGCGACUACGUCGUUUUCAGAUCACAGUACAAUCCUGACGCAGUCACACCUCUACAAGGCAUCCGAAACGCAUCCACUGGUACUGUGACUUUUGCUCAAGGCUGCGAAAGAUGGUCAGCAGAUCAAUCCGGAUUUUCGGAGGCCGUCGCAACUGCAUCGGCAGCCGACGUCGCCGUCGUCUUUGUCGGCACAUGGUCCCGGGAUCAAGGAGAACUCUGGGCAGGGCUCAACGCCACCACCGGCGAACAUGUUGACGUAGCUGACCUGUCUCUGGUCGGAGCGAUGGGCCCUCUCGUACAAGCAGUCAUCGAGACUGGCAAGCCCACGAUUGUCGUCUACGUGUCUGGGAAACCGAUAACCGAGCCAUGGAUCAGCGACAACGCAGCCGCAGUGGUGCAACAGUUCUACCCUUCUGAACAGGGAGGAAACGCUAUCGCUGACAUACUCUACGGUGAAGUGAAUCCUUCGGGGAAGCUGAGCGUCGGCAUACCAUACGACGUCGGCACGUUGCCUGUUUUUUAUGAUUAUCUGAACUCCGCGCGACAAUAUCCAGAGCCGGGGUAUGUUACCGACAACGGAACCCUUGUGUUUGGACACGCUUAUGUCCUGGGUGAUCCUCGCCCGCACUACGAGUUCGGCUAUGGCUUGUCAUACACUAACUUUACUUACUCAAACGUCUCGCUUUCAUCGAAGACAGCUAGCGCGUCUGACACUAUAACGGCGUCAGUCCGGGUGACAAACUCCGGCUCGAGGGCCGGAGCGGAAGUCGUGCAGCUCUACGUCCAGGAUGUGAUUGCGUCGGUUGUGGUUCCGAACAAGCAGCUGAAGGGGUUUCAGAAAAUGUUUAUCGAGGCCGGAGAAACGACGACUGUGGAGAUUCCGGUUGAUGUGAGCAAGUUGGGUGUUUGGGACAUCCGUAUGAAGUACACCGUCGAACCUGGUGAUUUCGUGGUCUGGAUUGGCAGUUCGAGCGAGGAUCUCCGGGGAAAUGCCACGUUGACUGUGUCGUGAGGGAUAGAUAGACAUAGUAGCAGGAUGUUUGUGAAUGUCACUCUGUAUGAGACCGGUGUGAUAUGUAGACAGCAUUUCGACUUCAGGAUUCUGACCUAAUUCGAUAUCGCACUAUUGGGUUGUGACGCGUGUAGCUUUCCAAUAGGAUGGACCUACUAUACUCACUCCUCAUGUACCACAACACUGGGCUGGUGGGAUAUGUCACCAAUCGCAUUCAGC